UUUCUCCAGAAGUGGAAAGGGAGGAGGAGGUACCAUCAGGGCCAGGUGAGAGUGAGUGAGUUGGGGUGGCCUGAGAAGCCAAGGCCAGGGCGGAGUUGGGGGCCAGGUGAGAUGUUUCACUAUCAGGGUGCUCUCAUUAGUACACCCUAGCAGAGUCCGCGGCCCCAAGAAGGCUAAGAGGAGGAGACGCCGGCGCCCCUCCUUUUUUCCGACACGUCAUGGGGUCCGCUCCGCUCCCCCGCCGCCUCCCGCCCACCCCAGGCGGAGACACCGAAGCAGCUCCCUCGCAGUCCGCAACCGUGGAGGGAGGGCGGGAGAGAGCCGGCGCCGCGGCGGCCGCUGUCGCAGCGGAGGAGCCUGCCGGAGAAACAGAACCCCGCCUGCCGCCUAGCUCUGCAGCCUCCGGGACCCCGGGACUCGGGGUUGCCAGUCCCUCCUUUCAAUGAAGGGAUACGUGUGCUCUUCUAAAUACCCUCUGCGACAGAAGAUUUUCAUACUGUUUUUGACACUAUGGUUGUUCUCUUUAUUGAAACUUUUAAACGUGAAAGGAUCUUUCUUCUCAAGAAAAGGCAUUUACUUAGUCGAACGAUCUUUAAGCACUUCAUCCUAUGUAAGAAACAAGUAUACUUUUGUCAGAGGUGAAUACAGGUACAAAAUUAACUGUUCCCGUAUUUAUGAGCAAGAGCCUGUGGAGAUUGGCAAGACACUGGAGAUAAGGAAGAAAGACAUCAUUGAUUUAGAUGAUGAAGAUGUUGUAGAAAUGACCAAAGAUUGUAAGGUCUAUCAGACCAUAAGAAGAUACCACCUGAAGACUGUUUCAACAGAAGAGCAAAAAUUCCCAAUAGCUUAUUCUUUGGUAGUUCACAAAGAUGCCAUCAUGGUUGAAAGAUUGAUCCAUGCAAUAUACAACAGUCACAAUGUUUAUUGUAUUCAUUAUGAUCAGAAAUCACGUUCCACUUUCAAACUUGCCAUGGACAAUAUAGCUAGGUGCUUUUCCAACAUUUUCAUCGCUUCCAAAUUAGAGACAGUGGAAUAUGCUCACAUUUCCAGGCUCCAAGCUGAUUUUAAUUGCUUGUCUGACCUGCUGAAAUCCCAUGUUCCUUGGAAGUAUGUUAUUAACCUGUGUGGGCAAGAUUUUCCUUUAAAAUCAAACUUUGAAUUAGUAACUGAGUUGAAAAAACUAAAUGGAGCAAAUAUGCUCGAGUCAGUGAAGCCAAGUAGCACCAAAAAGGAAAGAUUCAUUUAUCACCAUGAACUCAAAAUUGUGCCUUAUGACUACACAGUAAUGCCUGUAAGGACAAACAUUUCCAAGGAAGCUCCACCUCAUAACAUUGAGAUUUUCGUGGGUAGUGCUUAUUUUGUUUUAAGCCGAGCCUUCAUUAACUAUACUUUCAAUAACCCCCUUGCUAAAGACUUAUUUGAGUGGUCUAAAGAUACAUACUCCCCAGAUGAGCAUUUCUGGGCCACCAUGAUCCGAGUACCAGGAAUACCCGGGGAGAUAUCCAGAUCAGCACAAGAUGUCACAGACUUACAAAGUAAAACUCGACUGGUCAAAUGGAAUUACUUAGAAGACCAUUUCUAUCCUCCCUGUACUGGCUCUCAUCUUCGUAGUGUAUGUAUCUAUGGGGCAGCUGAAUUAAGAUGGCUUAUGAAAUAUGGACACUGGUUUGCCAAUAAAUUUGAUUCCAAGGUGGACCCAGUUUUAAUUAAAUGUUUGGCCGAAAAGCUUGAAGAACAGCAGAGAGAGUGGGUUCGUUUAUCUUCAGAAAAAUUAUUUAUGAUUGGAACUCCCACAACUGUGUCACUGUAGGAUUCCCAUGCUAGAAAUAUUGUAACGUUUUUAAUAAGGGCUGUUGCUAUAUGAUGACAUGUAACAUCGUUGUGAUUAUAUAAACAUUAUUCUCCUAUAUUUUGGAAAGAUGUCUAAUACAUGGGAAUAGAACGAGGAUUAUCGAAAGUGGGCAUACAAUGGUAAUUUGCUUGUGCAUAUCACACCUUUUUGUAAUUCCAUUGAAUGGAAUUUUUGUGACCUUCAAAAUAUUUAGGUGUUAAAGGGCAAAUUAUAAUAAUGAAGCAUAUCAUACCCUUGGGAAACUUCCCAUCGAAUUCAUAUUUAGUAUCUUUAUAGUGGCCUUGAGACAUUCAUAGUAGUCCAGGUAGCAAUUAGAUAUUGCUGAAGGAAGUUUAGUCAGAGCAUGCCAAAGGCAUUUCAGAUGGUCUUUAAGCCCAGAAAUCAACAUUCCAUUCCUCUCUCAUUUCAGUUGCCUGAUUUUUAAAAACUUUUUCAAAGGUAGGAGGAAGGACUGUCUACUACCUCAAGAAGAACUCAAAGAAAAGUCCAACUUCCUGCUAUAUCAUCGUUCGUAAUCAAUUUUGUGCUCCUUAUAUUCAGAGUGCACAAAGACACCAUUGAAGGGGUCUGAUGGUAAGUAUGUGUGGCGGUCAAACUUCUUACGCAGAACUGAAGAUCUAAGGAGUUUCUGGGAUUAUAUGCCCCACAUUACUCACUGAUGUGGUUGGAUGGCACAAUUAUUUUUUCGCAACUAUUUUUUAAAACUUUCACCGUCAUCUGAUAAAGUAAAAGUUAGUUGAGAUUUUGCAGGAUCAAACUUGGGAAUCCAGGGCCACGGUACAUUUUGGUUAGAAGAGAUGCCUUCUAUGAAUUUGAUUUAAUUGGCGGAACUAUCAUGUUUAGAGUCACUGUGAAUUUUCUUCAAAAGAAGGUGUGAAAAACGGCAGCUUUCUAAAAUAAACAUCUUGAUUGUCAUUUUAAUUAUGCCUGGAGUAUUUGUCCAAAGAGUAUGAUACAGUGGAACAAUGGAUUUGGAAUCAGAGGAUCGGAGUCCUUCCAUUUACAUGUCUGUAUGACCUUGGACAAAUCACUUUACUUUCUGGACCUCAGUUUCCUCAGAUAUAAAAAUGGGGACAGGAAGGUUGGACUCUGACUUCUAAGGUCACUUCCAUCUCUAAGUCUUAUCAUUUCAAGUAGAUAAGUUUUAAAACUGCAGAAAUCAUUUGCCUAUCUCUUGACUACAAAAUGAAAAAAAAUUUUCCAAAAGCAAAGUUAACAAAUUGUAAAAAGUUUAUAAAUUGAAGUUCUUUUAUCAUCCUUUGAUGACCUGUGAGUAUAAUGUGGAUUUUCUCCACCAGUGCAUCUUACAGCCUCUCCUUACCAGACCUUAGUGCAGACAGCCUUCAUGAAAUCUAACUCUUGGUGGUCAGUCUUCUGGUGAUGAACUUCUAUCAACUUUUCUCGGUUGGACUUGAGAUGACAAGCACAAAGUCAGUCCUUCAGCGAAGGUCAAAGCAAAUGAGAUCUGCAGCUAGGUGACUCAGUGGAUAGAGUCAGGCCUAAAGAUAGAUCCUGAAUUCAAAUGUGGCUUCUAACACUUCCUAGCUGUAUGACCCUGAGCAAGUCACUUAACCCCAUUUGCCUAGCCCUUACCCUUCAAGCUGCCUUGUAAGCGAUACUUGAUUCUAAGACAAAAGGUAAAGGUUUAAAAGCGGGGGAAAGCUAAAUGAGUUUGUCUCCUACUCUCAUUGGCCUUUGAGAACCCAAUCAGUGGACAGAUGACUCACUAGAGUGGGGAAUUUGGCAUAACUUUGCUGAGAACUUCUAAAAACCUGCUCCUUGGAGCUGGUUAAUGGAAUUUUCAUUAUGAAAAGUGGUUAAGAUGCAAAUUAUGUUUGUUUGUGUAACUUCACAGAGAAAGGAGGGAAAGAUGGUUGAGGGAAGGUUAGAAAGUCUUACCAACUUUCCCUCGAAAAGUCACAGAAUUUAGGUGAGUGUUUUUUGAGUAUUUUCAGUUCAAAGGCUGCUUUAGUAACCACCCACAAUGAUAGUUAUUUAUGCCAAAAAAACAAGCUAGUUGGAUACUUGACUGUAGUAUUAUGUAUAUAAUGAUUUCUGGAUUUUGUUUCAUAAUAAUCAUAUGUGAAAUGCACUUUGGUUUAUUUUAUGGGGCACGUUGCUUACUAAGUGAGAUGACAUCCUCACUCCUUUCUUUUCUUUCUGCAUUCCCUUCCAAACAUGCCAGUGACCAAAUAUAGCUUAUUCAGAGCUUCUCAUCCUAAAAAUAAGUCACUCUUUGAGUUACUUCAGUGAUUUGCCAGAGGUUCCUCUAGCAAUUAAUUAGACUAACUUAAUUGGAUAAAGGCCUGCCUUAUUCCCAGAUCCUUUUGAUAUGUACAGUGGCAAUGGGAAAUAGGCAGCUAUUGAGAUACUAAGGAGAAGGAUCAUGACAGUGGAUAAAGUGCUAGACUUGAAAUCGAGAAUACCUGGGUUCAAAUAUUGCCUCAGACUUUAAGCCAGUCCGUUAACUUCUUUUGGCCUCAGUUAGUUCUUCAUCUGUAAAAUGAGGGUUGAAACUUGAUGACUUCUAAAGUCGCUCCCAGGCCUAAGUCAGCAAUCUCUUACCUACACCAGUUUCUCUCCUCUUGAGGUGAACCUGUGCAUUGGGAAAUAACAUUAUUGACCCAUCACUUUAUUGCUGCAUACAAAUGGAAAAGCAGAGCCAUUAGCUCUAGCUCUAAUUCCAAUGAUCCUGUGAUUUAUUAAAUGCAAGGUACUGUGCUAGGCACACAGGAAGCUACAAAGAUAAAUAAUUCAUAGUCUUUGCCUUUAUAUAAUCUUAAAAGGAAGAUAAAACAUGUCCCUUUUUGUAGUCCUUUCCACACCGGCUGCCAGAUUAAUCUUCCUAAUUCACAGCUCUGAUCAUUUUACUCCAUUGUUCAAAAAACCUCCUAUAGCUCCCCAUUGCCUACCAAGUAAAGUCCAAAUAUGCAGUAGCUGAAUUUUCUUUCCCUUUUAUGAGUCCAUUUUUUGUAUUAGGUAAUCAGAUUGCAUAUGUAAUGUCUGGGAAACUUUUACAGUGAGCUGAGUAUUGGACUCAAGACUAAGAAUUCCUCCCUCUUAUUUCUCACUCUGUUCUCUGUAGCCUUUGCAGUUACUUUCCUAAAAGUCCAGGAUAUGGGAAAACCUCCCAAUACCUUUCUUUGACAGCUAUCCCUCCUCCUUGUUCUUUAAAACCCGAUUUCUGUUAUGCAGUCUUACAACAUUUAUCUCCACCCUGAAGUUGCCCAUUCAAGGAUUAGGUAUGUGAGUCUUUUAAAUGAUCCUGCGCAUAGUAUUUAUUGGACUUAAACUAUAAGCUCUGUAAAGGCGAGAAAUUUGUCAUUGUAAAUGACUUAUGAAUGGGUAUUAGAUAAUGUUAAUAAUGAAAAAUGCUACUUUCUAAUUUAUAUCAUGUAAAUAAUGUCAUGUUGCAAAAGCUUGAUGAUGAAAUGUUAAUGUUUACGGUUUUCAAUGCUAUGGAUUGAAAUCAUUUCUAUAUAUGUGAAAUGGGAAGUUUCUACCUGCUCCUUCAAAUGUGACAACAGAUGUAUAUUUUAACACGUUUCCUAAAAAAGAAUGGUUAUCAGGAAUUUUGAAAUUAUAAAGUGCUCUAUACAUGUGAGUAUAUAUUAUAGCAGUUCAUAGAAGUAUAACCAUAGAGUGACUGGAGUUUUGUUUUGCAUUAGCAUUUUGACUGACUCGUUUCUAAAUCCUCUCCAUGUAGAUUACCUUUUUCAGAGAGCACAUCUUUUCAAUUGGAUGCCUUUUGAGUACGUUGUUUGUGCAUUUUUGUAAUAUGCCACUGAUGUGUGUUAAUUUUCUGAUAUUUUCAAAUAAAACGUGUUUGAAAUGAAUCAAAAA